UCAAACACAAAAGCCUCCUUUGACAUUUCCUUUCAAUUAACGUAGUAAUUAUUGUCACAUGCAAUUCUCGCAACCAAUGUUUCCACUGCACCCUCCGCCGCCGCCGAGCUCCGGCGGCGCCGCUGCCGGGGAUGCCGUUGCUCCUCCUCUGGUCAGAACUUACCGUGCUUGGAAAGGCAACAACGAAUUUUGUCUUGGAGGGAGAGUUAUAUUUGGACCUGAUGUGAAAUCUAUAUUUUUGACGAUGUUUCUUAUCGUUGCCCCUGUUGCUGUUUUCUCUGCUUUUGUGGCGAGGAAACUGUUGGAUGAUUUUCCUCAUCACUGGGGAUAUUCAAUAUUGAUCAUACUUAUUGUUCUCACAAUGUUCGUUCUGAUCACCCUUGUGCUGACCUCAGGAAGAGAUCCUGGCAUAGUGCCCCGUAAUGCUCAGCCCCCACUGAUGAUGGAUGAAUCUGAUGGGAGUGCCAACAUCAACAAUGAACAAACUCCACGGCUACAUUUUCCGCGAUCAAAGGAAGUCAUCGUCAAUGGAGUUUCUGUGAAGAUUAAAUAUUGUGAUACUUGCAUGCUCUAUAGACCUCCCCGCUGUUCUCAUUGUUCAGUGUGUGAUAACUGUGUAGAGAGAUUUGAUCAUCACUGCCCCUGGGUGGGGCAGUGCAUUGGAUUGCGAAAUUACCGGUUCUACUACAUGUUUGUUUUCUCUGCAACCCUUCUCUGUUUGUACAUUCAUGGCUUUUGCUGGGUCUACAUUAAGAAGAUCAUGGACUCAGAGGAGAUAUCAAUUUGGAAAGCAAUGAUCAAAACUCCUGCUUCCAUUGCACUAAUAUUAUACUCCUUCAUUUCUGUCUGGUUUGUUGGUGGCCUCACUGUUUUCCACACAUAUCUAAUCAGCAAAAACCAGUCAACUUAUGAAAAUUUUAGAUACCGGUAUGACCAACAAGCCAACCCUUUUGACAAAGGAGUAGCUGAGAACUUCAAAGAAAUAUUCUGCUCUGUCAUUCCUCCAUCCAAGAACAAAUUCAGGUCUAAGAUUCCAAUUCCGAAGGAACCAUCAGAAGCAUCUGGAAGAAGGGCUAUUGAAUCCCUAAGCCCUGUGGUGAGAAAAACAGCAGGAGACCUGGAACUAGGGGCCCCAGUGUACAAUGAUGCCGAGGAAGAGUUUGAAAGUGAUUAUGCAGAUGAGUUUGCCAAUGAUGAUGAACAUGGCAAGGGUAGUGAAAUAGGUGAUAUGCCAGUGGAUUUGAGCAGGAUGCUUUACACAGAAGGGGGGCAGAGACAGGUUGCUUCAUCUCUAAGGCACUCUUUGUGGGAAAGAGACACCAAAGAUAGUGGAGAGAAAACACACUUUGGUACUUGAAUUUGAAAGGCAUUUUCAUAUUAAUUCAUGAAACUAAAAAAUUGUUGAAUAAGUCCAUAAAAGUGUCAAUUGAUAAUCAUAUUAAUCCAAAACUUAAAAAAUGUGUGAUUAAAGUGAUAACAUUAAAUCAUUGAUAUGUAUUUAGAGGUCAAAAUAACAUAAAGUAAUUAAAUUUAAAGAUUUAUUUAACAUUUUAAGGACUUACUCGACAAUUUAUUAAUUUCAAGGAGUAAUAUGAUAGCGAUUUCCAAAUUAAAGUACUAUAGUGUGUGUUUACUCCAAAGUGGAACAAAGGUCCUGAAGUUUAAGACAGGAUCACCGGUGACAGAAGCAGUGAGCCUAGGAGCAAGUCAACAGAAUUGGCUCCAUAGUAUUAAUGUCAGAAAAAAAAUUCAAGAUGUAAAUUAAAACUACAAGAAUUUUGGGUGGGAGAAUGGGAGGUGAUGCUUGUGUUUUGGUUAAAUCUGAUAUGUAAUUGUACCUAGUUAUGUUGAUUGGUUGAUAGAUAUUGGAUUCUUUGGAGUUAAUGUGGUGAUAUAGUUCUAUUGAAAGUGGAAGUUGUGUACAUUAGAAUAAUAGAAGUUGUGGAACUAAUU